AUGGGCGCACAAGGGUCGAAGCCAGACGUAGAGCAGACCGCUCCAGGCGACACGUCCUUCUUCUCGAACCGCGACCAGCCCAUCCAGUUCUCCGAGUCGCUCAUCAACCACCUCUCGUCUCAGUCGCUCCCGUCCUCCUCCGUCCCCUCAUCUCGCCAAGCCGCCCUCGACCAGCACAUCCAGCAGCGCAUCACCUCCGAGCUCCAGCACCUCAGACAACAAGAGCAGCAGGUUCGCGACGAGAUCGAGCGCGCGCUCGAGAAGGAGAACCUCGACCGCGAGAGGGGGGCUGCCGAGGGCGAGGCCGCAAAGGGGCUGAGCCAUUCGGCGACGCUCAUGAAGGACCUCGAAGGAUUGCUGGAGAGGAGCGCCGGCUUGCGGAAGCAGCGCGAGGAGACGGACGAGUGGAGGGCACUUGACGACGGCAAGAAGGCGUUGCACAAGUGCUUCCUCGAGAACGCCAAGAGCCCGCUCAACUGCCGAGACGAGGCGGAGCGGUUCAAGCAGGCCGUCGCAGGUGUCGAAAAGGCGUUCUUCGCGACCGUCAGCGCCAACUAG